UCCUUUGAUACAACCACGAAGCGCAAAUACACCAAGAGAUAAGAUCAGAGGACGAUGAGCGACAUGAAAUGCCAGAGUCCAGAAAAGCUGCCAUGCCAUGGGUUGGACAAUGAUAUGUCGGGUCAACAUAAUACACAUCGAGUGGAGAAAAAUAAUAUAAUGUCACACGAGGAGUUGAACAUCACCGUCAGCGGGAUCACGUACGACGUGGAAGACGUGCGCCGCGCACCCUACUCGCGCAUCCACCGUGACGUCAUAGACGGAAAGAAGAACUGUCUGAAGUACAAGCGCCCGACGAGCAGUUUUGAGGCGGUGCUGGCGUUUUAUCAAACAGGGGAGCUGCACAUGCCGACGUCUGUUUGUCCGGGUGCCUUCAGGACGGAGCUAGACUUCUGGGAGCUCGACCCACAGAUCAUGGCCAAAUGUUGCUAUUACAGAGAUGGAGUCAAUGCCAAGGAUAUGGCGCUAAGGACAGGAGGUCGCGCCAAUGAACAAUAUAUGAAUCAUCACAUGACUUACAUUUGA